AAAAAGGAAUAUAAUCGAAAAAAAAAAAAACAUGAAUAAAUAAUUACUUUGCUUAUUUUUAGUUUUAUGCAUAUUUAUUGUAAGAGCUGACAGAAGUUCUGAAUAAGCUUUCGAAACCAAAGACAAUGUUAAUAGAGCAACCGAGUUACUUUAAGAAUUACUUAAUGACGUACAUUCAAACUUGAAUGAUUUAGAUAAAGACAAGGAAACAAACAAACCCUUAUUAGAAAAGGACAUAUAAAACUAAAAUGAUGUCCUAGCUUAAAGUAUUGUUCAUUGUAAAAGUGAAGAAGCAUAAUUAAAGGACUAUGAAGAUAAAUUAUAAACUACUAGAGAUUAUAUUGAAUACCUUAAAUAGAGAAUGGUUGAUAACUUAAAUAGAUUAGAUUCUCUUAACUAAGCAAGAUGUUAAUAAAAUGCAAGUUUCAUAAAAGAUAUGAAAAAUUACAACCUAGCUUUAAGAUUAAUCGAAUUUUUAAGAAUUUAAAUAUAAAAUAAAGAUAACUUUUCGCUUAUAGAAAAAAAGCUCUUGAUGUAAAAAAUCAAUGUACUUUUCUAAUUAUAUGAAUAACACGAUACUAAUGGAUUAUAAUUAUUAUAAUAAUAUGUUAAUGAUCCAUUAUAUGAUAUUAAAUAAGAUUAUACUGAAAAAGGAAGAAAUGCUGAGCAAAUUGGCAACAAACAUAUUGAUAAUAAUAAAGAUGAUCUUAGUUUAGAAGGGUUUGUUAAUGGAGAAAGAUAAACAUGGGCCGGAUACAAGAGAUAAUUAUUAGAUUUAUUGGACAAGUUCGAAGCUAAAAUUAAAGAAAAUAAAAGUUAAGCUUAAUAAGACGAAAUUAAUUCUGCCAUGCAUUUAGCCGAAUUUUAAGCCUAAGUCGAAAAAGAAAACAAGGAACUUGCUAAAUCACUUGAAGCUGCUAUUACUUAAGAAGCAAAAUUAGUAAGAUUAGUUGAAUAAUACACUUAAAAUUCAAAAAAAUGCAGAGAAUAAAUAUCCUAAUAAGAAAAAUUAAUUAGUGAUUCUGAAGAAUAUUUAAAGAAAAAAAUAUCAGAAUACAACAGCAAAAGAGCAGCAUUAUUAGAAGAAAUUUAAUUACUUGAAGAAGUCUUAGCUAUCUAUAAUUAAAAAGUCUAAAGUAAUGAAGAUGACUUUAAAGAUAGAGUUGAUGCUGUUUCUGAAGGAAAUUUUGAUGAUUCUUAUAACAAAAGAGAAGUUCCUGAAUAUCGUUUACUUGGAAAUUGAAUAAAAUAAGUAAUAUGAUAUUUCUUUAUUAAUAUUAAAGAAGAAGAAGAUAAUAUAUAUAUUUACAAUUAUAGUAUUUUUUUAUUUUUUUUUAUUAUUUUUUUCAUUUAUAAUGUUGAAUU